UAUCUUUGUGCCCACAAAACGCCCCUUCUUCGUUUCUCUUCCUAACUCACAUCGAGCAGUCGUGUUGGUGCCCAGAGAUGGCUACUGGAGGAGGGGACCUAGUCUGGACGUGGAAGAAACCACUCCCUCCAAGUAAAACCACACUCAGGAAGGUCUUUGAAAACGCCAGUAACAUCAGCUACCUCUGCGACCGUCUCUCCAUCCCUGAUGAUAAGAGCGAUGUUGACAGUGCAGUAGAGUACUAUGUACAGAGUACAGAUCCAAUGAAAAUGAGAAGGAUGAUAUUCUGGCUGGACAUGGUUGGAGACACAGUUCUAGCAGACUCAUUGAUGGAGUAUGCAGAGCCCCCAGCAGUGACAGGCUUAGGGAACGAUGCUCAUGAGACGGUCUGGGAAAUGGACUCGUCGUCCUGAACGUGUGGUCCUUGCUGGUGUAGUGUUGGCGGAGGUGAGAGAAGGUGCAGGAGGUGGUGUGGCGGGCUGUGGUUGGGGUAAACUGUCCACAUGAGCUGGCUUCAGACGAUCCAGGGAAACUUUGUCAGUGCGACCAUUCAGUUGCAGUGUAAAGUACUUGGAGUCCCGUUUUAGCACUUUAAAGGGGCCUUCAUAGGGGGAUUGAAGAGGUUUGCGGACUGCGUCUGUGCGGACAAAGACAUGAGUGCA